AUGAUCUUCGCCGCCCGUCAACUUCAGGAGAAGUGUCAGGAGAUGCGGACCUACCUGUACUCUACCUUCGUGGACCUGACGAAAGCCUUCGACACGGUGAAUCGUGAAGGACUGUGGAAGAUCAUGCAGAAAUUCGGCUGUCCGGAGCAAUUCACUCAGAUGGUGCGUCAGCUGCACGACGGUAUGAUGGCGCGAGUCACGGACAACGGAGCUGUCUCAAAGGCAUUCGCAGUGACCAAUGGAGUGAAGCAGGGCUGCGUACUGGCGCCUACCCUCUUCAGUCUUAUGUUCUCUGCCAUGUGGAUGGACGCCUACCGCGACGAACGCCCUGGAAUCCGCAUCGCCUAUAGAACGGACGGUCAUCUCCUGAAUCACCGGCGCAUGAACUUCCAAUCGCGUGUAUCCACAGCCACCGUGCACGAACUCCUCUUCGCCGACGACUGCGCCCUGAAUACCACCUCGGAAGAGGAGAUGCAACGGAGCAUGGACCUAUUCUCCGCCGCCUGCGAGAACUUUGGGCUGGUUAUCAACACGCAGAAGACGGUGAUGAUGCAUCAGCCGUCACCCAACUCAGCCACAGCCCCCAACGCGCCGCCGCAAAUCAGCGUGAAUGGGACCCAACUGCAAGUGGUGGAGAACUUCCCGUACCUGGGCAGUACUCUCUCCCGCAACACCAAGAUUGAUGACGAAGUCGCCAACAGGAUCUCCAAAAGCCAGUCAAGGCUUUGGUCGCCUCCAAAGCACAGUUUGGAAUCGUCGUGGUUUCCAACUGAGCACGAAGCUGAAGAUGUACAAGGCCGUCAUCCUGCCGACACAACUGUAUGGAGCGGAGACUUGGACGGUGUACGCAAAGCAGGCACGUCGUCUGAACCACUUCCACCUCAGUUGUCUUCGUCGCAUCCUGAGGCUGAAGUGGCAGGAUCGAAUCCCCGACACUGAUGUGCUGGAACGGACAGGAAUCCUCAGCAUCUACGCCAUACUGAGGCAAAUUCAGCUGCGCUGGAGCGGCCACCUGGUGCGCAUGGAUGACGAGCGACUACCCAAACGACUCUUCUACGGAGACGUCGCGACGGGUUCUCGCCGUCAAGGAGGCCAGAUUCGCCGUUACAAGGAUACCCUGAAGUCCUCCCUGAAAUGCCUGCAAAUCAACCCCACCAACUGGGAGGAGCUCGCACUCGAUCGACCGGCCUGGAGGAGGACAGUGAAGACAGGCGCUGCGAUCUACGAAGCCAACCGCAUCGCUGCCGCCAAAGCGAAACGUGAAGCCCGCAAAUCACAACUUCGCCCAGUAAGCAACGCCGCCGCACAACCGCUUCCAACGUGUCCUCGAUGUCAACGGACAUUCCGGGCUCGAAUCGGACUUGUUGGACAUCUUCGGAUUAACUGCGCCUCUCGAACGGCACCAACCAUCGUUCCCCCGCCUGCCUCUUCCUCCUCCUCCUCUCCGCCGCCAACUAACCCUGACAAUUCUCCUGACCCAUCACUUCCACCAUCCUCCUCCUUCUCAUCCUCCUCCUCCUCCUCCUCGCCCACUGCUCCAACAGCGGCCGCUCAGGCGACUGUCCCGCGCACAGCAACCGACACUACCACCACCUCCCCCGAAUCCAGGGAUGAGAAUCAGGACUACACCUGCCCUCACUGCGACCGUACCUUCACCUCACACAUCGGCCUGGUAGGUCACUUGCGAAUCCAUCGCACAGAGACUGACGGACUAGUGUCUGGAGCACCAACCUAUACCCACCACACUCGACUCAGCUGCACACAUUGCCCUCGCACUUUCAGGCAUCUCAUGGGCCUAUUCGGCCACAUGCGCUUUCACGACGACCUGCGGUAG